AUGCCUCCUCCCCCUCCUCCGCCACCACCUCCGCCACCUUCUUUCAUUGCCCCCAGUACUGGUGGCGCUUCUACUCAGCUUUCUAAAAAGCCCGCAGCUUUGCUUGCUGAAAUCCAGAAGGGAACUAGUCUCAAGAAAGUGGUCACGAAUGAUCGAUCAGCGCCUCAAGUUGGAGGGAAAUCUAGCCCAUCGUUUGGCGGAGGAAUAAUCAAUCAGCUAGAACGAGAGCCAAAACCAGGGUCUGGCGGUCGCGCUUAUGCCGCUGGGAACGUUCCGACUUUGGGUGGUCUUUUUGCUAACGGGUUACCUUCCAAACCUAGUGAGAACAAAAUUCGUCGAGCUAACACAUGCGCUGCAGCAGCUCCCACCCCGUCCCCUCCCCAUCCUUCGACGCCAGUCGUUAGUGAAGUUACUCACUCCUCAGUCCGCCCUUCCCCAUCAACUGGUCUUGCUCCUGCUCCACCGGCUGCCCCUAAGCCCUCGGAUUUGAUCACAUCUAGCAAACCUUCACCACCACCCCCACCUAUGCAAGUGAAACCUAUUAUAAACUCGAAUUCUAAUGGACGUGAACAGUUCAAAACCAUGCGACCAUCUAAGCCAGAAAUGAAUCAUUCGAGUUCCAAGUUAAGGCGAAGUGGCAGUUCAGAGGACUUCUCGUCGCGCGAAGCUACUCCUGUUCGUGGUCCUCUGGCCCGUCCUACAUUCCAUCCUCCGCCCCGACCAACUGCACCUCCUCCACCGCCACCUGUUGUGCGUACAAACGGUAACAAUGCUCCUGAACCACCACCGCCACCGGCCGUGGGGCCGAUUGCAUCCACUCUUACCAGCAGGUUCGGUAGCUCACCCGCUGUGAGUUCGAGAAUAGACGAGAGCGCCCCACCGCCUCCACCUCGCGGCGCGUCCAAAGUAGCAAGUUCUGCCGGUUCUCCUCCAGUUGUAAUGCCGAAGUAUCCAGUAAAGGAUGCUCAUCCUCUUGACCGGUUCACCUUUAAACCACUCUCAAGUCUUCCUCCUCCUCCAAUACCAUCUCAAGGACGCGCGUUGUGA